AUGCCGUCGUCCACUGGUUCCCGGCCAUCAACACCACCCCGGGCCAGGGGACUCGGCACCUCGUCGUCCCGCUGCAAGGAGUAUGGCGUUCCCUGCGAGCCGUCCGGGGCCGACGAGGUCGACCUUUGCCCCGACCACUUGUGGUUGAAGGGCAGUCACCUCUCCCGGAGUGAGCUCACUCAGGGAACAGCCCCCCCUGUAGUCGGGGCCGACAAAGAAAGCGUGCCCUCCGAGGGCGAGAAGGAGCACGUCCCAACCCCUCCGUUGGCCAAAGCACGGAGGGUCCGUAUGACGCCGGCUUGUGUGGACUGUAAGAAGGCAAAGAAGCGUUGCCUGCAUCGUCGACCCUUCGACGAAGGC